AUGGUUAGUCAAGAUGCUGCAAGAAAUGUAGUUGGUAUCAUAGGAAAUGUAAUCUCUGUCUGCCUGUUUUUGUCACCAAUGCCAACUUUUUACAGAAUAUGGAAAAAGGGUUCAGUGGAGCAAUAUUCAGCAGCACCAUACCUAGCAUGCCUAGUGAAUUGCAUGGUGUGGGUGUUAUAUGGUCUACCAAUGGUGCACCCACAUAGCACUCUAGUCGUGACCACAAAUGGCACAGGCAUUGCCAUCGAGAUGUUCUAUAUAGUCCUCUUCUUGAUCUACUCACAAAAGCAUAGACAGAGGCUAAGGGUAUUGGGUAUUGUUGCUGUGGAGCUCAUCUUUGUUGCUCUCUUGACAUUUCUGGUUCUGCAUUUUGCACAUUUAACAAACAGACGCACCAUGGUUGUUGGGAUUGUGGCCAUUUGUUUCAACAUCCUUAUGUAUGCUUCACCAUUGACAGUCAUGAAAUUGGUGAUAACGACAAAAAGUGUGGAGUACAUGCCUUUUAUCCUCUCUUUUGUUAGUCUGCUUAAUGGUGUUUUCUGGAGUGCUUAUGGGUUAAUACGCUAUGACUUCUUCAUAUUGUUACCUAAUGGGCUUGGAUCAUUAUUUGCACUGGCCCAACUGCUACUUUAUGCCACUUACUACAAGAACACGCAGAAGAUAUUGGCAGAGCGGAAAGGGAAGGCCCUGGUGGGCCUGUCUGAAGUGCUUACGGAAGACUCCAAGACUGCAAUUAAUGGGCUUAAUGGCAAUGGUGUCCUUCACUGAA